AUGACUGUCUUCCAGUGUCUGUCAGCCUGUCUUACUGUGUCUGUGUGGCUGUCAGCCUGUCUUACUGUGUCUGUGUGGCUGUCAGCCUGUCUUACUGUGUCUGUGUGGCUGUCAGCCUGUCUUACUGUGUCUGUGUGGCUGUCAGCCUGUCUUACUGUGUCUGUGUGGCUGUCAGCCUGUCUUACUGUGUCUGUGUGGCUGUCAGCCUGUCUUACUGUGUCUGUGUGGCUGUCAGCCUGUCUUACUGUGUCUGUGUGGCUGUCAGCCUGUCUUACUGUGUCUGUGUGGCUGUCAGCCUGUCUUACUGUGUCUGUGUGGCUGUUAGCCUGUCUUACUGUGUCUGUGUGGCUGUCAGCCUGUCUUACUGUGUCUGUGUGGCUGUCAGCCUGUCUUACUGUGUCUGUGUGGCUGUCAGCCUGUCUUACUGUGUCUGUGUGGCUGUCAGCCUGUCUUACUGUGUCUGUGUGGCUGUCAGCCUGUCUUACUGUGUCUGUGUGGCUGUCAGCCUGUCUUACUGUGUCUGUGUGGCUGUCAGCCUGUCUUACUGUGUCUGUGUGGCUGUCAGCCUGUCUUACUGUGUCUGUGUGGCUGUCAGCCUGUCUUACUCUGUCUGUGUGGCUGUCAGCCUGUCUUACUCUGUCUGUGUGGCUGUCAGCCUGUCUUCCAGUGUCUGUCUAG